UCUUCUUCUGGGUUAUCAUCAUCAAUGGAGUCCGAGUCCGACUCUUCAUCAAGCCCUAGCACCACCGAAGAAUCCGAUCGAUUCCUCGACGCACCUGACGAAUUUUACUACGAUUGCUUGCCGAUUCGUUCCAAUUCCCAUCGCCAGCAUUCGUCUCUCUUGCGGCGGCGAAAGUCGGCACAUCGCCGGGAUUUGAUUGAAACGGAGCCGUCUUCUUCUUCCGAUGGAUUUGAAGUCGGUGAGAAAUCGAGCUAUGUGGAAAAGAACGACGAGCUUAAGGGGGAUAUUGAAACAAGCGACGUAAUUGAAUCAACUAAGGACCCAAUUGUUCUAUCUUCAGAAAACGAGAACGAUUUAGAUGUAAUUAAUUCUUCUGGAGAGGAUAAAGGGGAAGAUAUGGAUGCAAUUGUUUCGGUUCAGGACCGGGUUGACCCGUUUCAGGAAGAAUCCACGGUGACCAUCGUGAGCGGCAAUGAUCGAGUAGACGACGACGACUAUGCGGGAUCGGUACCACAGCUUCGGGAACCACCUAAUACAACAGAGUGGUCUCUUCUUGGGUUUUUGGUUGGGCUAGUGAUCAAAGCAAUAGAAUUUCAAGUCAGUUUGAUGACAAGCUUACUCACAUUUCCUCCAUGGUUGCUCCGUUACUGUUUUCUCUUCUUUUUUGAUCCCUUUAGCACAAUUAGGUUUGGCAGACGCUUUCUAAUGGCAAGAGUUGCAGGGAUAAGUGAUAUGAUCUUUGGUACUAUGAAUCCGUUUAGGUUAAACGAUACCAAACAAAUGUUGAGUAUUGUGUGCAAGUUUGGAUGGGGUAUGUUUUGGGCUGUUUAUGUAGGCAUUGUGUUGUUUGGGUUGUUGGUUUCGUCCCUUAUGAUUGGUGGUUAUGUGAUUAACCGUAUAGCCGAUAAACCAUUUGAGGUCAAGGAGACCUUGAAUUUUGAUUACACCAAGAACAGUCCAGAAGCAUAUGUGCCCAUAACCUCGUGUGCUGGUGUUGAUUGUGAGGGAAGUUGCAAGGAAAGUAAUGAAAUGUCGAAGAUCAGGGGCUUGCGAGUUAUCCCUCGAGACCAGAAGUUAAAUAUCAUUCUUUCAAUGACAUUACCUGAGUCUGCGUACAAUAAAAAUCUCGGCAUGUUUCAGGUUCGGGUGGACUUCUUAUCUGCGGAUGGUCAAACGAUUGCUAGUAUAAGGCGUCCGUGCAUGCUAAGAUUCAGAAGCGAGCCUAUCCGUCUUGUUCAGACAUUCUUCAAAAUGGUUCCGUUAGUGACAGGAUAUGUCUCUGAGAUCCAAACUUUGAGCUUGAAGUUGAAAGGCUUUGUAGAAAAGGAAAUUCCCACUGCUUGCUUAAAGAUAAUUAUUGAACAACGGGCAGAAUUUCGACCCGGAGCAGGUAUUCCAGAGCUGUACGAUGCAUCCCUGUCGGUUGAAUCCGGUCUUCCCUUCUUCAGAAAAGUUAUAUGGAAAUGGCGGAAAACUUUGUUCGUCUGGAUCAGCAUGAGUCUGUUCAUUACAGAAUUGCUUUUCACGUUGGUUUGUUGCAGUCCUCUUAUCAUCCCAAGAAGACGACCUAGAGACAGUUCGCCUUCAAACCCGACUGGAGGUAGAUUAUGAAUCAACAGUUACUGUACAUCAUGUUUGUAACACUCUGACAAUGGUAUUUUCACUUCCUGUUAACUUUAGUUCCUUUGUCCAAAAAAAAAAAGUUAACUUUAGUUCCAAAGAGUUCUUUGAUUAAAUUGUAAAUUCGUGCUUACUAAUAAAAGUUAAAUCUUACA